UUUCACUUUAAGGAAAUGCGUGUCAUUGUUUUGAGGGCGUUACCCGGAAAACGGUCAAUGUUAUGUCAUCAGCCGACACAGCAUGUAGCACCAACACUUUCUAUGAAUACCUUUAAGUUUAGUUCUUACUUCAUGAUAUUAAGACGGGUUUAUAAGUCAGCCUUAGCGACCCGAGACGAAAGAGCUAGGUGCAAAGAACUGAUGACUAAAAUGCUUCGCUUGUCACCGCAGUCCGUCGUGAAUGGACCAUCUGCCCAGUGUGAGGAAAGACUGCAAGAUGGUGCUGAAAUCCUGAAUUCAACAGUGAAGGCACUGAAGGAUGGGCAAGUUGUGGCUGUGCCGACGGACACAAUAUAUGGGCUGGCUUGCUUGGCUCAGAAUUCCAAUGCCAUCAAAAAGGUGUAUGACAUCAAAGGACGUAAGGGUCAGAAACCACUGGCCAUUUGUGUUGGAGAAAUCAAAGACAUUUACAAGUACUGUAAGGUGUCAGUCAAGGAAGAGCUCAUAGGGGAACUGUUGCCUGGCCCUGUCACUCUAGUUCUGGAACGAGCUGAAGUACUCAACACUGACCUCAAUCCCUUCACUCCGUUAGUAGGAGUGCGCAUCCCGGACCAUGCCUUCAUGAGACGCCUCUGCCAGAUGUGUGGGGAACCUCUUGCCCUCACCAGCGCCAACAUCAGCUCUCACUCCAGCACUGUGGCUAUACAUGAGUUCCAGGAUCUGUGGCCCCGGUUAGCAGUGGUGGUGGAUGGCGGACCAAUAGGAGACAAGAGUCGGUUGGGGUCAACAGUGGUCGACCUAUCGGUGCUCGGCAAAUACCGCAUCAUCAGACCUGGCUGUGCCUUCUCUUCCACAGUUGAUGUGCUGGAGCACAAAUAUGGACUGUCAGAAGACACAGGGGAUCAGUGAGGUUUGCCCCCUCCAAAUUCAUACCACACGCUGAAACGUACAACCAGCAAGAACAUGUGCUUACCGUGGCCAAAUGCAACUCUGAAUGAUGGCAAUGCCUGCAACGCUGAGGCGAGUGACGAAAUCGAAAUCGCUCAUCUUUCUGAAGGAAGGACGGUCCUUUUGCAGAUUGCAGGCUAUUGUGGAAAGCUCUGGGUUUCACUUAAGGGAUUUGUUUUGUCUUUCUGGGUUAUUAGUUGUCCAGGCAUUCUUGUUUCUAUGGGAAAACCCAGGGCACUUAACUCAGUCUUUGCUUUACAAAUUGACUUUAUAGUGUGGAAACUAGGUUGUUUUAUUCAAGCAUGCUUACACCCAACAGAAGACCCCACUCUUGCCUCCUCUCUAGUGGGUUAAAAUGGCAGACUUGGUACAGAGUAACGGUUGGAGUUCUACCCCUGUUACUGUCAUUUUGAGCUAUGGCUAGGUUAAGCAAAGCUACUAUUUAAUUGAGUUAUUUCAAGUGUUUUUUUUUUCAUGCAUUUCUAAAUCAAGCCUGUGUGUUUUAUGAACUGAUUCUGGAGUUUCAGGGAUGUGAACAUUUGUUUAAAUGCAUUUUAUUUUCAUGGAGAAUUUAUUUAACAUGGUUUGGAACCAAUUUCAGACUAAGGCUGCAUUUACACAGGCAGCCCAAUUUUUAUAUAUUUUUUUAACAAAUUGGUCUUUUGACCUAUCUGAUCAGCUGUGAAAAGAUCUCAUGUGAUUGGUCAGACCAAUGGGUGGGGGGAAAAUAUUAGAAUUGGGCUGCCUGUGUAAACGCAGCCUGUUAGCUGUGAUCUAGUGUAUUAUUGCUUGAUGGUUAUGAAUACCUGAUUACUGGUUUGUAUAAUGGACCAAUGAGAGUAUGUUGUUGAGAAUAAAUGGCAUGCAUUAUGCUGAUCAUGA